UGUUAAAAAUAUGUAUAUAUAUAUUAUUGAAAUUUGCGAUGAAAUGUUUCAACAAUCUUGGCGACACGUUGACAAUUACGACACCACAGGCAGUGACAGACCCGUCCGUACUGUAUGGCAAGGAGAUAAAAUACUUAACGGUUACCUAAACAUGCAUGAUAAAAAUGUAAACAUGACGUCAUCAGAAACUGUGUAAGAUUUUCAAAACAUAAAAGCAUGGAUCCUCCGGAGCCUGUAAACCUCAACAGGGCCAUCCUGCUCUGUAAUCUGUACAACUUCUUUUUCGCAGCUAGUAAAGCAUGUUUGUUUCCAUUUUUCUCCCUGUACUUGAGACUCUUGGGCCUGACAGCAACCCAGACUGGAGUUAUCAUAAGCCUUAAAACCCUGGUGGCAUUCAUAUUUGCACCACUGUGGACUAAGUGUGCUGUUCAGUGCCGCAAAAGGAGACUUGUGUUUACAUUUUCCAUUUUUAUGAUGGCAGUCACAUACUUAUCAUUAACAUUAGUUCCCAACCAGAAUCAUGCAGCAUUGUCCCAAUGUGUACCCGCAUACAGACAAACUUCUCAAAACCAAUCUAAGUUUCAAAGCACUGCUGAAAUACUUACCAUUUUAAAUCAUAAUGAGAGUCGUGUGUCUCCACAAGAGGUUACACAGACAGACCACAAUAACACCAGUGAUGAACACCUGAACAAUAAAAGUAGUGUAACCCCAACUUCCAUUCAGAUAUCUUCCCAGAAGCCAACUGAAACACUCACAGAUGAUCUGGAAGACAAAAAAAUUGAAAUAUCAAAAGAAAUCCUCAUGUAUUUAGGACUCAAACAGGAGGAAGUGCAACAGAUGAACAAACAAGAUAUUUAUGAAGUAUUCAAUGAAAUGAUGACUACAGAAGAUAUGCGGGGUCUGGUUGAGAAUAAGCUUGAUGCAGAGACUGUGAAAUUUGUGUGGAAAGUGAUAGAUGAAAGUAGGCCUAGGGGCAAGGCUGACAAAUCAUCAGAUUCAAAAGUUCGUAGGAAGCGAGACAUCAACAUUACAUCACUUCUCGCCAGCUUGAAAACAGGUUUGCAUGAUUUGAGACAGCGUGUAAAGGACAGCAGUCAUGAUUACACUUUUGUGGUUGUCACCAUUAUCCUCUUGAUAGGGGAGCUAUUUGCAUGCCCCGUAGAAAAGCUAGCUGAUGAUUUCUGGUUUGACUAUUUGGAGAAAAUAGAUGAACUUGAAAAAUAUGGAAAACAUCGUAUAUGGUGUUCUCUGGCCUACAUGUCCUUUCCACUGAUUGUUACUCUGGUAGUGAGUAAAACCGACUGUCUUUUUGGCAUGAAUAUGCCUCCAUUCAUGCUGCAUUUCUAUGUAUUUGGAUCUUUGCUGGGAUUGACAUUUUUACUUGGCUUCUUCUUUCCAAUAUCAGCGGAUGCAAAGGCAAAGUACAAGAGCAAGCUACGGCGUGGGUUGGGUACCACCUGUUGCAAAUGUGUUGGUCUGCUGUACGUCUUCACCCUACUGUUGGUUGGCAUGAUCUAUGCAGCAUACUACAAUUUUCUCUUCUGGAUGAUCCAGGACCUUAAUGGUCCGGAGUCUGUGAUGGGAUUAUGCAUCACUAUUUCUACUCUGGUCGAGAUUCCAAUGCUUUUUUUCAGCAAAGAGAUAAUCCAGCGUCUUGGCCAUGGUGGGGUUGCAAGCUUGUCAUUGUUGAUGUUAUCAGGACGCACGCUGUACUAUUCCUUCCUCUGGACACCCUGGGCUGUGCUUCCUGCAGAAAUGCUUCAUGCCCUAACACAUACUGCUCUGUGGUAUGCAGUGUUCAACAACCCAUCAUUCAACAUUAAUCCUAUGGCAGACAGAAGCAUUCGCUCUAUUCUAUCAUCAAUAUACUUUGGACUUGGGUUUGCAUCAGGAAGUAUUGCAUCAGGUCUUAUCUAUGACUCAUAUGGGUCUGAAAUUCUCUAUAUAGUCUGUUCAGUGGCAGCAAUUAUAUGGUGUCCUGUGUUUUUCGUAUUGCAAAAAUGUUGUCAGCCACCGGCUGAGUCUGAGAUAAAGUAUACUCGGCUACUGCAAUCAGAGGACUUGUCAGAUGAUGAGAUCCCUGAUGACUGGCUAGAAAAGGCUCUCAAAGAUAGGUGAAUAAGCACUAGUUUUAUGUGGAGAGCUUUUAAUCAGACAGCUGGAUACAUAUACACUGCGUAUGGUAUUUUUGGAUAACCUUUCUAUAAUGCUUACAACUGGGUGUAUACAAUUUUGUGGCAGUUUAUUGGCCUUGACAAGCUAUUUUUUUUACAAACUUUAAUUUCAUUCAAUAUUCUUUUCUAAAGUUUAAAAAAAAAAUGAGAUAAUAUAUUUUACCAAUUUUAGGCUAUAUCAUUAUACUAGUAGGUAAUACUUUCCUUAGGUUUUUUUAUCAAAGACUAUAAAAACCUACACAAAAAUGUUGUGCUGUACAGUACAAGGGUAAUAAAAUGCCAAAAGUGAAUAGACCAAAGUCGAUAUCUAUCGAUAUAUUUUUGUGUAUUUUGAACUGUUCAUGUCUUUCCUGAAAAAAUAUCUCUGAAUUUAUUAUGUCAAUGUACUAAGUUUUUUACAUUACAACUUAUACCUCUGACUGAUAUGAGGAGAUGCACCUUUUUUUUAUUAUUAUUAUUACAAAAUUGAAUUUCUCUAAAUAGAUGUACAUGUUCCUGCUUAAAUUUUGUGAGAGUUAACUUUCAGGAAAUCAAAUCAAUAUGAAUAUGAUAUGAAGCUACAACUUUAAUUUAUAUCAUGUAAUUAAAACUGUAAUGUAAUGAUUAGCAUAAUGUAGAUAACAGGUCAUUUUUACAGAUCUCUGAAGUAGUUCUGGUGUAAAGGCCUAUACAGACUAUAACACCUUCAUGUCUGGAGGUUGUCCACUGAUAUAGACAUACUGAAUUUAAAUAAAAAGGACAGGAGCAUAAUUUCUGAUUGUUGAAACAUAAACAUGUACAGCUUAUAAGGUUAAGGCUGAGUUAAAUGUUCCUUCUCGCAUUAUUUGCUUUUAUUAUAUUGACAAUUUAUAUGCAAUUGAUUUUGAUUGCACAACUUGAAAUCCAUUUACACUGUAUCAUUGACUUUUACAAUUCAAGAAAUCCAUAUUUCAAAGACACAUAUUAUUCUUUAUUUGUGAAUAUAUAAUGAGACAUCUCAUGCUAUUGUUGUUUGUCGAUAAGGCCUACUCCUUAACCUCUUGGUAUUAGAAUAAUAAUGAUUUUGUCCAGAAAAUCUAUAUACAUAACUUCAUAUAUAUGGUUGGACAUAUUUCAACUAUGACUAAACCUUUAUUUAUUUACGAAGUUAGUUUUAAGCCCACUAUCAUCAGAUGUGGGCUAUUCAAAUCACCCUGUGUCCAUGGUCUGUCUGUCCGUCUGUACACAAUGUUUGUUAGCGCUAUUUCUAAGAAAGUUCUGGAGGGAUCUUUCUCAAAUUUCACAUGAAUAUUCCCCAUGAUCCCUUGUUAUGCAUACUGUUUUUUCGGACUGAUCACAAAACCAAGUUCCUAGUUCCGCAUUUUGAGUUUUGGGGAUGAUUGGAAAACCAAGAUGGCUGGCAGGUGGUCGUAUUGAAUUUGGGAGUAACAGUUUUUUAGCCCUAUUUAGGCUAUUGCUCAAAACGAAUUGGAAGGAUCUUCCUCAAAUUUCACAUAAGCGUUCCUCUUGUUCUUAGUUAUGCAUAUUAAAUCAUAUUGGCCGCCCAUCUUGUUACAGUUUAAGUUUGUUAUCGCUAUUUCUCAGAAUUUACUAGAGGAAUUUUUCUCAAACUUGAUAUGUAGGUUCCCCUUGGUCAUGAGUUGUGCAUGUUAACUUUUGAGGUUGAUCAAAAAGAUUGAUUAAGAGUAAAGAAGAGAAAAGAUCGAACUGACAAAGAACUUAUUAAGAUGGUACAAUGGUGGGCACAAAGAUCCCUCUCGGAUCUCUUGUUGAAGGUUAUGUUUAAGACCCAGCAAUAGAUUCAAGCUGAUUUCAAGGGGAAACUCCAAAAUGAUCUCUGAGUGAUAAUGAAGCAUGGGUUAAAAUAGCUGUCCAAAAUUGAAUUUCAUCUUUAACUCCGGAAACUAUUUAGAUAUAGAUAUUGUUAUGUUUAUCCAUACGUAAUUGCCAAAAUCUUACAAGCAAAUGUAGGUGUUUGCCAUUCAAGGCAGGGCUUAAGUUAUUGGGUGAACAGUUAAAUUGGGAAAAAAAAUGAAAAUUUUCAUUGAAAGAUGUAUGUUCUUAGCGCCAUGUAACUUUUUUCCUGUGGCUUGUUGCAAUUUGAUAUAGUGAUAUCAACUUGUCACAUUGUUUUUGUAUGUUUUGGUUAUGGAAAAGCCAGAUGUUUUAAAAUUUGCAUAAUUUUAUGGCUGGUCAUCUUCUAUACUGGUAUGAUAAAUAUGUAUAUUUUCCACUUGUGUAUAUAAAUGCACACAUGUUUGCUAUUAUUAAUGCUUUAUAAUUUGUUCAGAAAUACCUAUAUAUUUUGUUUUUCGAUGGAAGGUAUAUAGAAUAUGUGUCCUUAUGUACAAGGAUACAUUGUGUCAGAAUCAGUAAAUGAGGAUAUUUACCAGCACUCAUGCUUUAAAAACAUCUAACAGAAUAUGUAAAACAUUUUAAAAUAUUUUAUGAUAAUGUUUGAAUUAUGCAUUCCAUUCUAAUUACAAAAUGCAAUGUUACUACUAACCAGAUAUAGGAACCAGGUAAGUUUUGUUAAAAGGUCUUUUGAAUGGGGAGCGGAGACUGUCAUAUAAUGCAUGAUUUUUUUUGAGUAAACAAGCACUGUGCCUUCACUUUCACCAAUUUUAUAUCAUAGACAUUGAAGUAAAUGUCGUAGAUGUUGUGAGAUAUAUUUGUACAAUUUUCAGUGAUUAUAUUUACACUUGGUUAUCUCUGGUUGUGUCAGAAUUAUUGAUAAGCAUAUUUUUCUCAUCGACUGUGAUGCACGUGGUUGUGAAUAAGCGUUAAACACUCGUUAUUGUAAGAUGAACUACACACAUACAUUUCACUCCAGAUCUGCUUACUUUACGAUACAUGCUUUCUGUUAUAUUGUAAAAUGAUAUUUGAUACAUGUAAAAUGUCCCUAUGAUUUGCUAACAUAUGAAAAUCAACCGAUCACACUAACAAAACUAAUAAAAAUGGCAUUCCUCAAUUACAUAGUAGUUUAUGGUAGAAGAAAACCAACAGGCCUAAAAUACAAUCGAUUAUUUGCCUUAAUCUGACCAACCCAGAAAAAUGCCCCUAUGCAAAAAAAAAAUCAAUUGAAAUUACAUAUUUUUAAUUUUCUUAUUCCUUUUAUUCUUGAAAUUAAGUGAUGCAUUUUUUUUUAAAUUUUACAUCUGGCAGUGUACAUUAUCAACCUCUAAGCCAGUCAAUUUCACUGUUGUGCUUUGACGUGAUUUUUUUAUGUACAUCAGAGGAUCAAACUAGUCACCCUGAAUCCUUCAAUUUUGUUGUGACAUGUACGUAUUCCAGGAGUGCAGAGAAAAUAAGUGGGUAUAACCACUGGAAUAUCGAGAAUGCCUAUUUAUCUACCCAAACAUUUUAUUCCGGAGUCAGGUUGAGGCAAGUAAACAUUUUAUUGAUACUAUUUCCUGUUGGUGUGAAUUGAGAAUGACUUAAUACAAUGAGUUGGGGAUGUAUGGCAGUCUUGUUACAUUUGAUACAUUUCAGAAACCUGUCAUUCCAGUUUUAAGCUGUACCAGGCUGUUAUAGAUGUUUAUCUGUACCAGGCUGUUAUAGAGGUUUAUCUGUACCAGGCUGUUAUAGAUGUUUAUCUGGACCAGGCUGUUAUAGAUGUUUAGCUGUACCAGGUUGUUAUAGAUGUUUAGCUGUCCCAGGCUGUUAUAGAUGUUUAGCUGUACCAGGUUGUUAUAGAUGUUUAUCUGUACCAGGCUUUUAUAGAUGUUUAGCUGUACCAGGCUGUUAUAGAUUUUUAGCUGUACCAGGCAAUGUUAUAUAUAUAGAUGUUUAGCUGUACCAGACUGUUAUAGAUGUCUAGCUGUACCAGGCUGUUAUAGAUGUUUAGCUGUACCCGGCUGUUAUAGAUGUUUAGCUGUACCAGGCUGUUGUAGAUGUUUAGCUGUACCAGGCUGUUAUAGAUGUUUAUCUGUACCGGGCUGUUAUAGAUGUUUAUCUGUACCAGGCUGGUAUAGAUGUUUAGCUGUACCAGGCUGUUAUAGAUUUUUAGCUGUACCAGGCAAUGUUAUAUA